AUGCAAAAUCACUGCUCAACAUCUGACUAUAACGACCCUCAAGGAUUCUAUCGAGAGGACUUUACUUUACCGCAUACCCGUUCUCAAGAUCGAACAACAUCACAACCAUUUGAAGAGAAAAACGUGCUUACUACACACAACUUUGCAUACCUUGGGGAAAGACCACUGGUGAACACAAUUCCGGUCUAUCCACCUUUCUUAACGUCCCGUCGAAGAACGUCUUCCGUUUCAUCCGACGACCAAUCAGUGUUUCUAGACUUUUCAUCUGUGCCAGAUAUCUCUUUAAGCGCACCCAUUUCCUCCAAAGAGCUGGCCCAGUUUUGGUCAUUCAUGGGUGAUACAACAAUGCCGCUCUUCGAAAGUCUACCAAUCAUCUCCGAAGGUAGCGCUUUGGCUCUUCAAGACCUGGAACAAGGACAGCUUGGUAUCUCCAGCCAGUCACCGUUCUAUGAUAAACCUGGUGCAUCUUCAGAGGCAACCGGUGUACCCUCAUAUCACAAUCAUUCGGUCUCAAAGAACCCUCACUCGAUCCUGAUCGGACCUCCCUCGGCUCCCCACAGACUUGACACAGGACCAGUCGAUAUUGCAGAUGCUUGGAGCUUAGCCAAAUUUGAAGGCGCUUCAACAAGCAACACGAUCAAACGCAAACGCUCACGUCUGUCUUCUGAAGAUACCAGCGUCACCAAUGAGAGUGAACCUGACUUCAUUCAAGAAAACGGGCCAAAACGAGCACGCGUUGCUGUCACUGAGACACCGAACAACAAGAAUAUAUAUAUAUGUAGUCACUGUAGAUAUGAGACCGAAAGACUAGACAAUUUCCAAAGGCAUCUUAGAAAACAUUUGUCGAAACCUUUCUUCCCUCCCGGAAACAAAAUGAUUGAGCUGAUUCGCCUCCUCGUGGCAUUUUCCCGCGUUAGACAAAUGUACAAAUAUAGGAUGCCCCCGUGGGAAACCCGAAAAGGGUUUCAAGUUGAGACAAUAUUUGAAAGCUCACCUGGAGAAAUGCAAGUUCCCAAAAUCGGUGUAAGUGACACUGCCAGAUAUUCUACCUUUGAUCCAUAUAGCAAAUAUUGA